UACUUUCAGCUGUCUCCUUGUAUGAGAUACAACUUUCAAUAAGUAACUUCUAAAUUAAAUAUCUGAAAUUUAAGAUCAUACAAUGAAAUCUAUUAUGUACAAUUUAUGUUUCUUUUUGAUGCUAGCUAGAAUUUCUAUUUCUGGAACUUUUAAAGCAAAAGUUUCUGUAUCUGCGCUAAGAAAUACUCGAAGUUAUUCUGCUGUGAUGUCUAAAUUUGAUCUGCCAGAUCGCUUGAAAGGCAAUGAAAAAUCAGUAUGGGUUGAGUAUAUUCAGCUUGCUUUAAAGCAUAAGCCAUUAAACUUGGGACAAGGUUUCCCAGAUUUUCAUGCUCCUGAAAAUGUAACAAAAGCUUUAGCUGCUACAGCUAUAAGUGAUAAUCCUCUUUUAAAUCAAUAUACAAGAGGAUUUGGUCAUCCGCGUUUGGUAAAUGUCAUUGCAAAAUUGUACUCUAAACUUCUAAAUCGUACUUUAGAUCCACAAAAUGAAAUUCUUGUAACUGUUGGGGCUUAUCAAGCAUUAUAUGCUACAUUACAAGGUCACACAAACCCUGGUGAUGAAUGGAUAAUUAUUGAACCUUUCUUUGAUUGUUAUGUACCUAUGGUUCAAACUGCAGGUGGAGUUCCAAGAUUCAUUGCUUUAAAACCAAAAAGUUCGAAUGGACCUCUUAGUUCAUCAGAUUGGGUCUUUGACAAACAGGAGUUGGAGAGCCUUUUUAAUGAAAAAACUAAAGGAAUAAUAAUCAAUACCCCACAUAAUCCUGUAGGAAAAGUAUUUACUCUAGAUGAAUUACAAUUCAUCGCUAAUUUAGCUAAAAAAUGGAAUACCCUGGUGGUAUCAGAUGAGGUGUACGAAUGGCUCGUUUACGAACCAUAUAAACAUAUUAGAAUCGCUACGCUACCCGAUAUGUAUGAGCGCACAAUAACCAUAGGAUCUGCUGGUAAAACAUUCAGUGUUACUGGAUGGAAAUUAGGAUGGGCCUAUGGUCCAGCACAUUUACUAUAUAAUUUACGAGUUGUUCAUCAAAAUUGUGUGUAUACUUGUAAUACACCAGUCCAAGAAGCAGUAGCAAUUGGAUUUGAACAAGAAUUGGAAAGAUUUGGUCAACCGGAUUGCUACUUUGUUAGCUUAGCUAAGGAAUUGCAGCCAAAGCGGGAUUACAUGGCGUCGUUCCUUAGCGAUGUAGGAAUGUCUCCAACAAUUCCAGAAGGUGGAUAUUUUAUGGUUGCCAAUUGGACGGCUCUGAAAGAUAAGGUUAAAUUAGAAGAAGAAACAGAUGAGAAUAAAGAUUAUCGGUUUACAAAGUGGAUGACGAAAAAUGUCGGAGUUCAAGGAAUACCACCGUCCGCAUUUUACAGUCGUGAACAUAAACACUUGGGGGAGGACAACGUACGAUAUUGUUUCAUAAAGAAAGAUGAAAAUCUAAAACAGGCAGCUGACAUCUUAAUGAAAUGGAAAUCUCAGCAAUAGUGAUUAAUACAAAAGAAACUACAGCUCAUUAAUAUAUUUAAAUAUAGUGCCAUAUAUUUUUGGAAUAUUAUUUAGAUUUUAAGCAUGGUAACCAUCUGCAUUCGUAUUAUUUAUUAUCUGUACAGGGACAUCACAAUUUUUAUCAUGCAAUUAUACUUUUUAACAUAUAGGAUUAUUGUACAACGACACAUACACAUUUUACGGAGAAAAUUCACCACGAAGCCAUCGUUUUGCGUCCUUAGUGUCUGCUCCGAAGGUUUUACCGAACCUGAACACAACAAAUUCUCAAAUAAAACGAUACUCUUUCAAAA